CAAUUAGUAAAGACAUCUUAUAUAUUAACUUUAGGUUAUAUUUGUAUAUUGCUGGGUCCAUUAAUAUCAGUCCAUUAAUCUGUUUUCUGUAGUUGAAUUAGUGUUUAAAAUAAAAUCGAUUUAUAUUUGAAGUUUAACAAAAGCGAAAUAGAAAGUUUUAAUCCAGUGCAGGAAUAGAAAACAAACUUUAUAUGUAUAAUUCAAUUUUUUUUUUCUAUUUUUCUCUCCUUUAUUUUUUCAAUAGCUGCAUUAGCAGAAAAAGCAACUUUGCACUGCUGCAAGAUUCUUCAAUAUGAUUGGUUGAUACAUUAGAUCCAUGAGAAACUAAAGGCAAAAACCAAUCAAAGACAACUGCGAAGCUGUUUUCUCUUUUCUCGAACGCAGCUGCGCGAAACGCGCUUGCGCAUAGUUCAACGAAAUUCAAAUUGUUUGAAAAAGCAACGGUUAUUCCGAACGUUUCGUAUUUCGUUCGCGUUGCUCACCUUCGUGUCUUUGUUCUUUUCGAUUUCUCUCGGUAACAUGACUGAAUUCAGUACACCACUAAAGGCAAAAUGCAAGCGGGUGACGGACAGAGCCGAAUUAAAUACGCCCAUAAAGAUACCAGCUUCGCCUUUUCUGGAGCAGAUAGGCUAUGGCACCGGAGUUGGAGUAUACAUGUUGGAAAGAUCACCUAAAGUAGGUUCGAUACGUUCACCUUGGGCAGUAAAAAAAUGGUUAAAAGGCAAAUGCAAUGAUGCAAAUGAAGGACGUCUUCGAUUAGAAGCUGAUGUGCUUCGACAAUUGAAUCAUCCCAACAUUGUUGGUUUUAGAGCAUUUACCAAGGGAGCAGAUGGAAAGCCUUGCUUGGCUAUGGAAGCAUUGGAUAUGUCACUUGGUGAUAAAAUUGAGGAAAGACAAGAACAGUUAGAAGAUGAACCAUUCCCAGCUAAGGAUAUUUUAAAAGUCGGUUUUGAAAUCGCAAAAGGAUUGAAAUAUCUACAUCAUACUGCACACAUAUUACAUGGAGAUAUUAAAAGUUGGAAUAUUUUGGUAUCCCACAAUUUCAAUACAGUCAAACUGUGCGACUUUGGAAGUUCUUUACCUUUGACGGAGUCUUUGGAAAUGGAUACAUCAAAGGGCAAUUUUUCUUAUGUUGGAACAGAAUGUUGGAACCCUCCAGAGAUUAUAUCUGAAAGUGGACCAGUGACGAGUGCUGUUGAUAUUUGGACAUAUGGUCUUGUGCUUUGGGAAAUGAUAGCUUUGACACCACCUCAUUGUGAAGAUUUUGAUCCAGAUGAAUUCUUGAACGAGUCAGAGAAAGAUACAACAAAUGUUGAUAAUCAACUUGAUAAUUCUGAUGUUAGCAUGAACGAAAGUGUAACUUUUAUCAAAGAGAUAAUGCCGACUAGAUUUAAUAAAUAUGGUACGCGUCCAGCUCUACCUGCAAUCGAUUUGGGUAAGGAAUAUGAUGGGAUACUUGAAAUAUUUUUUAUAUGUACUACAGACUACAAAUUAAGACCCAGUGCAAAAGCACUAGUAAAUUAUUAUGAAAGGUAUGUUUAUGAGAAAAAAUAAUUAAGUUUAUUAAGUUAAUUAAGUUU